CCCAGCGUGCCUUGCAGCAGCUUCCUGGCUUGCCUCUGAACUGCAGCUCCCAGCAACAGAACUGCCAUUUUCCACAGCAGAACUGUAACUCUUUGCAGCAACUUCGGCUUGGUCAUCCAGGGUGUUCACUCGCUCGGGGACCUCGAUUACAGAUGGAAUGCUGCCCGUACCGAUGAGUAUAUACAAGCGCACUGAGCUGGUUCACCCUCUGGCCCCUGAGAAUGAAUAUGUGGAGAAGUUCAGCCAAAGCCUCAACCACAUCCCAAAGCUGCGCUACUCCCUGGGGUACGACCACCAGAAGAGAGAACUGUGUGUGUCUCUCCUAGAAGCUGUUGGUUGCCCACUUACCAAGGAGGAGGAGCCUGGGAGUCACCGCUACAUUGGGGGCACUCUCACCAGCAAUGGUGGGCAAACAGAAGCCCAGACCUCGCUGAUGAAUAGGACCCCACAUACAGUUUGGGACGAGGCUCUGCUGUUCCCCUUAUCAGAGGAGGAACGAGUAGAGGCUGAGCUAACACUCACCUUGAGGCACUGUGACCCGCUACUCCAGGCACCAGGUAGCCGGGGAAAUCACCCUGAGUCUGGCUAA